AUGGCUCCAAAGACUGGGUUCAAAAUCCCUCAACCUUGGGACACAAGUAGACCUAUACUUGAUGAAAAGGAUCCCCUGUCGAUUGAGGCAUAUUUGCGUCACUGCGCGCAGAUCGUGGAGGAUGGUGGCAUCACAGAUGUCAAACAGGCAAAAAGCAUGUACAUCCGUUAUUUGCCGUCGCGGCAAGUGAUGGACGUAUGGGAAGGUCUCGAUACCUAUUCCGACGACACGAAAACUGUCGCGGAAUUCGAGGCCGAAAUAUUAAAAGGAUACCCUGAGGUGUCCAAGCGAAAAACGGGGACCAUGGCAGAUCUAGACAGGCUCUGUCGCGAGAACCGUGGAAUCAAAAUCACGGAUGAGGGAGAUUUGAAGCGUUUCGGCCUUCAAAUGUAUAGUCACUACAAGCGACUGUCAGUCCCUCCUGCCAUUAUCACCAACAAAGUCGCGUGUGAACGCUACAUGCGUACUUUGGACUCUGAGUUCAGUACCGUCUUGCGAAAUGCUUUGGCUACGAGUCAGGUAUUCAACAAGCGCUACCAAACUCGCGCCGGGAUAGCAAACGCUAAUGUCCCCGCGACUGGAGUCAAUCGGCAGGACGACCCCAUCCAGCUAAAAGAAUUAAUGACGAUGGCGGAAGAAAUGGCGUCGACGUUGAGUAACGAAGACGAAAUUCCCAUAAUCGCGCGACCUCCCAAGGUUCGUUUCGACUAUGAGACUAGUCCACCCAACCAUGCUAAGGUUGAGGAGUUGGAAAACUCGAUUUCCAACUUGAAGGAUUCAUUUCUUCUACACCAAAAAGAGCUACAGACUCAGUUGCAGGAAGCGCUGAAGACCUUCUUACCAAAUGGAGAAGGGACUCAGGGGCAACGAGUAGAGGCUUAUUGGAAGAAGAAGGGAAAGUCCGUCAACUUCCAAGACUCCUACUACUUGGAUCAGUUCGAUAGUCGCGACAAUGAUGAUAUGUCCGACUACCCUGAAGAAGUGGCAGAUGAAAUACGCUCCCUUCGAAGUCAACUCAUCCAAUACGAGAGGAAGUCGUCGCGGCCAACUCCAGAGAGUCGCGCUGAGCCAAAGACUCAACGAACUGCAUCUGGUUCAACCAGCAAUGCAAUGGAAAGUGCCAUGGGCCAAUUCAUGCAGAAAGCCAUGACCGACGCCAUGGCCGGCUACUUCAACAACAUGAACAGUGGUUAUCCUCAGACUCAGGAGCAGUUCAUUCAAACCCGUCGUGGUGCGAAUAGCCAACCUGAGCGCGACGAUAACAACUCGGCCAAGCCCUCUGAGGACCAUGAUAAACGAGCUGAGCGACGAGAGAAACCGAGAAAACCUGUGACUAUUGAAGAAGUUAGUGAUAGCGACGAUGAUGAGGAAUCAGUGCGCGACAACGUCGAAAACAGAAAGGAACUACCGUUUGAGAAAGUCAAGCCCGUUCUACAAGAACCAGUACAUUCUUCAAAAGCGCGCGUUCCAGAUAAAUACCAGUUGCGUGCACCGAUUCAAAAGAAGGCUGUGGCAGAAGCAGUCUACGACAAAAUGAAAAACGCGUCAGUCGACGUCACUGUGGGUGAACUCCUAGCAGUUUCGGGGACUGUUCGCGACUCCAUUCUAAAGGACUCUUCGAAGAAACGAGUACCGGUUCAGAAGUCCAUGCUUCAAGAAACUGGUCGCGUCGUUGAAGACGUUUGGGAUGGAGAACUGAGCUACAACCUAGUCAGUGCUAAGGAAUUGCCCGAGCCUGUGUUCUAUCAUAACACAGUUGAAGGAGAAAUUCCCAUUGGCGCAGUUGUCGCGACGGAUCCAUAUGAGAUGUACUUGGAGUCGAUACCCUCUAAUGAGAACCCAAGACAUGUCUAUGUUGGUGAUUCGUCAGCUGCUCUCAGAACAAUAAACGGACGGAUUAACGCGCGUCUCGACGCGGACUGCAUCCUAGACAGUGGAUCUCAGAUUGUAUCGAUGGCUUUCUCAGAAGCCGUCGACGCACAAUUGAGCUGGGACCCAAAGGUCGUCAUAUAUAUGGAAAGCGCAAAUGGAUCUAUCUCUAAGUCACUGGGAUUAGCGAGAAAUGUACCCUUCAGGUUUGGGACCAUCUUGGUCUACCUGCAGGUGCACAUUUUGGAAAGUCCAGCUUAUAAGGUGUUGCUCGGCAGACCGUUUGAUAUCGCGACAGAAAGCAAUAUCAAGAACGCGGCCGACGGCAGCCAAAUAAUCACUAUGCGCGAUCCCAAUUUAAAGACACGUUGUGCAAUGGCUACGCAGCCACGUCGUGCAGACGACUUGCCGCGUAACACCAAAAACAACGACGGAUCUACCGAGCCCUACAGUUCGUCGAAACCGACGGCCAGUCCAGACGAACCGAACCCUGAACGGGAUUUUCAAAGAGCUUCGAGGAAUUGA